UGGUGCUGUGACGCUGUCACUCCCUGCAGAUCCCCAGCAGCACAGGAGCGGCACACUCGGGCCAUGUGAUUUCAAGCUGCCCCGCCCACUUCUUCGUCACAUGACUUUGACAUCACGACCUCCUCAAGGCACUCCAUUCUGGUAUCCCAAGCUGAACUGCCCCGUUAAAGUCCUGGCUGUGGAGACAGUAGCCUCAUUCCUGUGCCCAGCCCACAAAGAUUAUAAUGCAUUUGGGAAAGUAAUAUUACCUUCAAAAUGGAGUGGCUUUUAGAAGCAGUCAAGAAAGAAUUAAACAUUGAUUCAAGGCAGCUUAUUAUGGCUGAAGAGGGAACCCACGUUAUUGCCUUGGUAUCACAGAAAUGGCUGGCAAGCAUUAAAGAGCGCCGAACAGUCUCUUCGCAGUGCCCAAAACCAGAAGGGUUUAGCAGUGUGGAAAUACAGACAUUCCUUCAGAGAUCUGUGCAUAAGUUACCAGCUGGCUGGACUAGAAUAGAAAUCCAUGGGGUGAGAAAAGAAAGAUUGGCCUACCCUGUGGCACUGAAUGAUGGCUUCUUAGAGGGAAAGAAUAUUGAUUCUGAAUCUCUCAUCAGGUUUAUGCAGUGCAUCGCUGUUCAGAAUUACAAUAACAUGUGGAACGCGGCCCGUCGGACUUAUGUGCAGCCGUACGAAAGUGUGCAUAAAGUGCCAAGCAUUCAAGCAUUGGAUGCGCUAAAGUUGUCACUUCAGAGGGUGUAUGGUUGCCCCUUUGUUUUUAUAAAUAAAGCAGUGCCGAGUUUAUCUCCUUCUAAAGACAGUUCCAGCUUUGUAUUAGGUGCUUCAUCCAGUUCCAAUAUUGUCCAAGCCGAAGCAUUGCUGGAAUCUGUAUCUAUAUUAUACAUAAUUUUACCUUAUAUACAAUAUUCCUUGUAUGAUGUGGUCACAUUUAGUCCCGCUAAACUUGCCAAUAGUCAUGCCAAAGUACUCUUUAUCUUGUACAAUGUACUGCAGGCUCUAAAGGCAUGCCAUCAAGGGGGGCUAUCAAGUGGGGCACUAACAUUACGCAGUGUCUUAGUUGAUGAGAAACUGUGCAGCCAGUUGAGGCCUAACUUUAUUGACUAUGAAAGAGAGUGUAAAAGCACAAAAGUGAAAGAAAAUAUUAAUACAGAGCAACUUAGGACUGUUGGGUUGUGCACUUCUUGUAACAACGAGUUAAAACAGAUUUUAAUAGAUUGGAUUCAUGGCAGGAUCAGCAACUAUGACUACCUUAUGUAUCUGAAUAAGCUGGCUGGUAGACGAGAAGGUGAUCCCAAUUACCACCCAGUAUUGCCUUGGGUUGUAGAUUUCACUACCAAGAAUGGAAAAUUUAGAGACCUUAGAAAAUCUAAGUUUCGAUUAAACAAGGGGGACAAGCAGCUGGAUUUUACUUAUGAGAUGACCAAACAAGCAUUUGUAGCUGGAGGAAGCAGUUCAGAUCACCUGCAUGUUCCUCACCACAUUUCUGAUGUUCUGUCUGACAUAACAUACUAUGUGUACAAGGCUAGGAGGACACCAAAGAUUGUACUUUGCAACCACGUGCGAUCUCAGUGGGAGCCAAAUGAGUACCCUGCAAGCAUGGAGCGAAUGCAAGGUUGGACUCCUGAUGAGUGCAUUCCAGAGUUUUACACAGAUCCCACCAUUUUUAAAUCCAUCCACACUGACAUGCCAGACCUUGAAAUACCAUCAUGGUGCAGUUCAUAUGAGGACUUUAUUCAUGUCCACCGUGCACUUUUGGAAAGCCGAGAUGUAUCCCAGGAUCUUCACCACUGGAUAGAUCUUACCUUUGGGUACAAAUUAACUGGGAAGAAUGCACUUAUGGAAAAAAACGUUUGCCUUCAUUUAGUGGAUAAUCAUACUAACUUGACAUGUUUUGGGGUGGUCCAGCUUUUUGAUCAGCCGCAUCCAAAGCGUUUAUUAGGCCCCAGUUGCUCUUCUUUUGAACCCCCUGCCAUAUUGUCUACUCAAAACAUUAGUCAAAUGAGUGCGUGGAAAGAUGAACAUACUGGUAAUGGAGUCAAUGGUCCGGUAGUAGAGGCCACAGUGUGUGAGGCUGUUUGGAAUACUGACAAAGUGUGUGCAGGGGAUGAAGAACUGGAACAAGGAACAGAAGCUCUUGACUCGCUGAGCAUUGUAGGAAAAGGUAAUGAUCAAGUAUGCAUCCCCUCUGUUCAGGUUACUAGUGCCAAUAUAUUCCAAGGGGAAAACAGACCUCCAGGUAGUAAGCCAAAUAGGAUAAGCAGGGCCACAACUAAUGCAGAGGAAAGUCAAAGGAAACUAUUACUUCCUGAUAGUUUUAAUCCUGUUCAAGCCCUCGAAGAACUUGAAAAACUGGACAACUUUCUACUUAGGGGCUUACACAGUACUUUACUGCCGGUUGAAAAAUCUUCUAAAAUAUUUCCACUUAGUCUUUUGGGUCUUUUUCAAAGAGAUAUGCAAGCCUUGGGUGUCAUGAUUGCAGAGAUUGUUUUUGCUGGAAAGAUUCAUACCACGCCACCAAAAACCUCUUUGCUAGAACGUUAUAUUUUAGUUCGUAAUCUUAGUAGACACCAUCCAAAGGAGAUUCCACUUCCCCUUUUGCAAAUGCUUGAGUCAUUACUGCAACUGCACACACCAGAAGAAGAGCUUCUUAAAGAUGGUGGGGAAGAUACAGGGGCCCUGCUUUUUGAGUUUCCACACAUUUCAAAAGGUCUUCCCCCACCUUGUCCUUCUUUACUCCUCAGUCCCUUGUGCUCCAUAAUCCCUUUUCCUGCAUACUUUCCCAAUCUACACAAAUUUAUCUUAACGUACCAGUCAAGAAGAACUGAAGACGAGAGUCAAGGCCGGGAGCUAGUAUUUCAGCUGUGGCAGCAAAUUGAUGGUAUCCUCUGUGAGAUUAACCCUGAAGGAUUGGAGAUCCUACUUCCUUUUGUCUUGUCUUUGAUGACUGAAGAAAGCACAGCAGUCUAUGCUGCAUGGUAUCUUUUUGAACCGGUAGCCAAGGCUUUAGGUCCAAAAAAUUCAAAUAAAUACCUGUUGAAACCACUAAUAGGGGCUUAUGAAAGUCCUUCACAUCUUAAUGGAAGAUUUUACCUAUAUACAGAUUGCUUUGUAGCACAGUUGAUUGUACGUUUGGGCUUACAGGCAUUCCUGUCUAAUUUACUUAACCACGUUCUUCAGAUACUUAUUGGGUUGGAAACCUCAGGUGAAGAGAGAAAGUUGCUGUCAGGAGGAGCUGAAGAUGAAGAAAGUGGUGGUGAUAGCCCAGUAUCCUGCAACUUUGGAGAGGCAAGACAAACCAGUAUAGAUCAAAGUGCAUCCUCUCAUGAGCUCCUGGACUACACUUCUGGUGUCACUUUCCAUGAUCAGGGUUACCUAGCAGAAAAUGAGGAUUUUCAGGGUACUUUAUAUGUAAGUGACCCACUUCAACCACAAGAGCCAGAGUCUCUUAGUUUAGGGAGGUUAAGUGACAAGAGCAGUGCAAGUGAAGUCUCCCUUGGGGAUGAAAAAGUUACAGACAGUGAUUCACUAAAGGAGAAGGGGAGCUUGAAAUCUGGAGACAGCAGUCAGGAUUUGAAACAAAGUGAAGAAUCUGAAGAAGAAGAGGAUAGGGAACCCUCUCCUGGGCUCUCUGAGCUAACGUUGUCGGUCAACACUGAUGUAUCGGUGGAUACAGUCCUAGCCAGUGAAAGCAGAGAGGACGAGGAAGAAGAGCAAGACCUAAAUAACCAAACAGAGGAAAAGGAGCAAAAGAUUUUAAUAGACACCACAUGUAAGAUGGUGAGGUGGCUCUCGGCCAAACUUGGUCCAACUGUGACCUCGCGUUACAUCGCCCGAAAUCUGCUGAGAUUGCUCACAUCCUGUUAUGUUGGUCCCCAGCGACAACAGUUUGUGGCUAACAUGGAGGAGAAUAGCCCACUGAGUGUUAAGAAGCCAGUGUGUGGGGACCAGGUGUCUAAGCCUGUGUUGGACUGUCUCAUGUAUUUGGCUCAUCUAUAUGGGGAACCGUUCCUUACAUACCAGUAUCUGCCUUACAUCAACUACUUGGUGGCCCCCACCAGCGGCUGUAGACUGAAUAGCCGUAAGGAAGCCAGUCUAUUAGCUGCCGUGACUCUGACCCAGAAGAUCAUUGUCUAUCUCUCAGACACUACUUUGAUGGAUAUUCUGCCCAAGAUUAACCAGGAUGUUCUACUGCCUGUUCUCAGCAUCUUGACUUCAGCCACUCUUGGUUUUCCCAGUGGUGCACAGGCCCGUAUAGCUCUGUGUGUAAAGUGCAGCAGUCUCCUUUCUCUAAUCUGCCUGAGGAUCGGACGGGAGAUGGUACAGCAGCAUCUUGGUGAUACUCUCAGAAUUUUCUUCAGCAACUUUACAUUAAUGCAGGAACUCCAUGAACAGGGUUUAGUCAUGGAGAAUCCCGAUAGCUUGGAGCCAGUGGUACAGCAUGUACAGUGCAAGGAUGGAAGCACCCUGCCUGUUGAUCUGAGUUUGCUUGAUGAGCUGGAGAAAGUAUACAAUGCAGAAAUGGCCUAUGCCACCUAUGUCCCCUUCUCGUGCCUUAUAGGUGAUGGCAUUGGUCAUGUGAUCCCUAACCAUGAUUUGAUAUGGAAGCUAACAAUGGUUUAUCAGGAAGGGGUGAUCCCAAAAGACAUUGAGAGUCCAGCAGCACCACUGUCAUCCGGUUCAAGGAUAGGCUCUUCCUUUUACAUUGCAGAAGAUGAUGGACAGUCGGGUACAUUUGGCAGUGUCAUGGUAGGCAACAGGAUUCAAGUGCCUAAAGACAUCCAGUAUCCCAUGUCCAGGUCAACAUGCUGCACUCCAGUGAUGGAGACCUUUCAGUCUGAUGAAAACUCCUUCAAGCAGGACCUGCAAAAAAAUGCCCAAGGGCUUUGUGGCAAUUGGCUGGCAUACUGGCAGUACGAAAUUGGGGUCAGUCAGCAGGAACCUCACUUCUGUUUCCAUCAAAUUAAACUUCAGAGCUUUGUGGGUCACUCUGGGGCCAUCAAAUGUGUCAAACCACUGAGCGGAGAAGAUUUCUUCAUGAGCGGCAGCAAAGAUAAAACUGUUCGCUUGUGGCCUUUGUACAACUAUGGAGAUGGCACCAGAGAUAUAGAAGCCCGUCACAUCUAUGCAGAGCACAAGAGGUCUGUCUUCUAUGUGGGUCAGCUGGAGUCUGUACAGCAGUUGGUGAGCUGCGAUGGAGCUGUGCAUAUUUGGGACCAAUAUACAGGUAAGAGUAUUCGAACCUAUGAAGCAGCAGAUAGCAAACUGCCAAUCACUGCUGUCGCCACCAUGCCACCACCUUAUUGCAGUGUGACUGUUGGAAGUGCUGACUCCAUCCUUCGCUUUAUCGAUCUCAGGAAACCAGGACUGCAGCAUGAAUUUAAGCUAGCAAGUAAUGUGAAUGCUGGCCUUAUCCGAUGCUUGGCAGUCAGCCCAAAUGGACGCAGCGUUGUAGCCGGUUAUUCUUCGGGGUUUAUCAUUCUGCUGGACACCAGGACAGGGCUGGUCCUAAGAGGCUGGCCGGCACAUGAAGGCGAUAUCCUGCAGAUGAAGGCAGCAGAUGGAAACAUUGUGGUGAGUUCCUCCACUGAUCACUCGCUAACAGUCUGGAAGGAGCUGGAGCAGAAGCCUUUGCAUCAAUUUAAGUCCAACUCUGACCCAAUUCACGUGUUUGAUUUGUACGGAAAUGAGAUUGUCACGGGCACUGUUGCAAAUAAGAUCGGCAUCUACUCCAUGUUGGAUUCCUUAGCCCUGCCCAACAGCACCACUAAACUCAGCAGUGAGAACUUUAGGGGUACCUUGACCAACCUUGCAGUCCUUCCUACCAAAAGACUCCUGCUUCUAGGUUCAGACAAUGGAGUCGUACGGCUUCUGGCUUGACACAUUUGACUUAGGUAUAACUUUUAUUUAAACAAAGACAGCGGAUCUAAAGCGUCACCUUGUGUUUAUUAUUGCCAAAAACAUGAAAGUGGGAUCAUAACAUGGUUUUAAAGAAUUUGAAACUUAUUUAUCUUAGAAAAAUAAGUGUAGCCAUUUCGCUACGAUACAACAAUAUUUGUGUUGUACAUAUAGGAGACUAUAUAAGCUGGUCUUAAAGGGGUGCUAUGCCUAUAGCACAAAAAGGCACUUUAUAUUGAGUAGGGAAUAUUGAGAUGGCCUUACUGUUUGAGAGGAAAUACAGGGAUUCAGAUUCGCUGGUGUUUGGCAGAACAAUUCUUUCUCUCUCCCUUUCCUCAAUACAUUGGGUGCCUACAAGUACAGGAGAGGCCAAGAGUCAUUGAUUUAAUUGGAAUGGAGGCCAGCGCUGAGCAGAUGCCUUGCACUUGAUUAGCCCCUUGGAAAUGUCCACUUGUGGCUUAGUAUAAAAUGUUCAUUACUAUGCUAAUAUUCAAUGAAAAAAAACGAUUUAAUCAAAGGUCAAGAUGAAAAUUAGACUUUUCUCAUUCAGAUCAGAUCAAACAGAAUUUUUGCUACUACAAAUGUCAGGAGCUCAAACUUACUGAGAUCCAUUCUGAAGGAUGGACACAACUUUUCUUUGAAUGGAAAUCUUUCUAUCAUGCACUUACUCAAGAGUUGUCCUCGAGAUACUUCAUCAUUAGUCUAUGGGAAUAGUGCCAGAAAAAGCUUCUCGGGCAUUGUCAUACUCGAGAAGAUCUGGGGGGCAAAUAAUAAAUGCUUGGGACCAAAACCAAAUAAAGAAACAUUAUUUGAACUUAUCACAUGCAAGAUUAGAGAAAUAUUAAGAAAAAAAUGAACAAUUUUGACAAACCUUGAUUUUCUCAAUUCAUCUCUUAUGUAAGAAAUCACAACAAGGUUUCUAGCAUUUUUUAUGUAUUAUGUAGGUUUUUUAUCAUUAUUUGUUUCUCAUAUUGCACAUAUUUCCACAGACUUAAAUGGUGAAGCAGCUCCAGAGCAGCUUCAAGUUAGUGGAGCAAUAGAAAGAUUUCCAUUCAGGCACUCUUAUGUUUGAUAGGAUCUUGGAGUUUUUUUUUCUUAUUUUUUUUAGAAAAAAAAUAAAUUGAUAACUCUCUAAAUAUUGUACUGAUGAAAAUCAAUUUUUAGCUUGAGCUUAAUACAUUUUUCAUCUUGACCAGUAAUUAAAUUGGCCUUUUAGAGUUAAAGGGGAUAGAUUGUGUAAAAAAACUAAAACAUAUUCCUCGAAUUAUAGAAGGAAUGUGCAGUUAAAAGUUGCAUAAAAUUGGCUUCUUUUGGCUGGUUUCCCAGGCUGUGCAGGGAGCCUAGGAACUUUGUAGGAUACCAACCAAUCAAAAUCUAGAUGACCUGACAGUGAACCUCAUAUUGCUAAAUGCAGGGUUGUGAUUGGCAAGCCACUUCCUACUGUCCUUCUGCAAGGACUGUUUCGGCACGCUUACCAAUGAUUCGAGGUAAUGUUAACUGUCAUUUUCUGCCCAGAUUGAAACUGGCACCAGCUAUUCUUCACUAUUGCCUACCAGAUGUAGGGGUUUUGAGAUGUACAGUGUGUCCCCCUUGAAUCUGAUAUGAUAAAUGAGACCGCAUUUGCACAACAGGUACAAGAAAAGGCUAUAUAGACGGGAACAAAAUGUUGCUUGUGUUAUUUUUAAGAAUACUUAACCUUUAAUCCCUACUAAUAGCUUAGUUUGCAUACUUGCACUUAAAAUGUAUUUCCUUAGUAACAGAAUAGAAAUUAUAAAGUAUUUUCUGUAAAUUGUACAUGGAAGUGGUUCCAUUCUUUCUCCAGAGGAGCUGGACCAGCGUAAUUCCUAUUUAUUACAUCGGUUAAAAGCUUCCGUAUGUAAUAAAGGUAGUCGUGCCGUGAAUAAUAGCUGCCGGUUGCAGCACUGUACAGUAACUGACAAAUAGCUUUUUUUUAUGUAGGAGUUAUCCGAUUCUGAAUAGAAAUCACACAUUUCUUAUGUUAAUUGCUUUUGGCAAUAAACUGUGGCUGCGCAGGAGUCAUAAUUACAAAACCUGAAAAAUAGGCGUCUCAGGAAAUAUAAAAAUUCUCAGGCUUUCUUCACACUCAUUAUAUUUUGUGUUUGUUUAAAUAUUAUCAUUGGGGUAUCGGAGUCAUUUUCAUUUCUGCUGUCUAUAUCGGGGAUUAGCACUGAGCCCCGGAUGCUGAAAUCUCCUGAAUUCAUUUCUCACCAUUCUCAAACUCUCAGGAACAACUUCCCUGGUUUUCCUACCACCAAGGGUGAUGGCACACAGGGGGUUUGUUGCCUGCGGUUAAAUCUGGCUUAACGUGGGGGACAAAUCUCCACCUCCUCGAGAAAGCUUUGGUCAACGAUGGAAAACUAAAUCAUUCAAGGGAGGUUUGUUGCCCAGAGUAGCCCAAAUUUAACCGCAGUUGCCAAAUCUUCCUGGGUGGCAUUACCCUUAACAAAGCUUACGGCAAACAGGGGCAAAAGCACUCAAAAUCGCCCCUAUUGCCUUCCAUUGACAUGCCUAAAAGAGCCAGCACCUGAGCUUUACACCCUCUAAAACACCCUAGUGCAUGAUGGGGGUUGGAGGCUUUUGCUCACACAAUUAUAAGCAGCACUCCAUUAUAAAUUUAAAACACCUUUAUUGUCACAGCGUGACAAUAAAGGCAUUUUAAAUGUAUAGCUGCGUAUAAUCUUGUGGGUAGAAGUAUUUCCAGAAGUGGAAGGACCCUGGUGGAUGUUCACCCAUUGCUUAAUCCUACAUUUAAGUGUUGUGCAACCUAUUUGCUUUGAGUUUGGAGGCUUUUGCUCCAAAGCUGCCUCAAAAUACAGACCGAAAAUGCUUCUAAAAUGUACAACAAAAAGGCAGAUGCUUUGCAUUCUGGGUGAUUGGCAAGACAUUAUAGAUAUAGAUUAUUAAGUACGUUUGCACUACAGAAUCAUGCAGGUAGAUAAGCACCCCGACCAUCUUGGCCACCCUGUUGCAGGUGCAUUAAAAAUCAGGUGUGCGGCGCAGAGUGCAGUCGGGCCCCGGACACUACUGACAUUACUGAAUGACCACUAAAGAGGUGUGAUUUUGCGCCCCUUAGUGCUCUAGCUCUUGCACUUGGGCCUUUGUAAAUGAGCCCUGCUGUUUCUGGCAUACAAAAUUGUAACCUCUGCUUUAACCGAGCAACCGUUACAGUAACACUUCCCUGUCCCUGUCGCCUUCAGACGAUUGUCAUUAUAAAAGCAUUGCAAGAAUAAUUGCCCUCGCCCGCUGCAAUAUCACAUGCGGAGUGAGACUUCCAGACCUUGAGGAGAGAACUAAUCAUGCAGUAACAUCCAGCGCUAUUUUUGUGCUUAUGAGGUCAGGAUGUCCCUGUCUCAGCUCAAUAUGACUCGCUUGCCCAUCUAUUAAAGGACCAGUAACACCAAAAAAUAAUAGAGCUCCAUAUGCAUAGCGUUUGUUUAAAUCAUGCUGUCUACAUUUAUAAUAUUAUUUCUCUUUAAAUAACUCCUGGGUCCAGGAGCAGACUACAUCCCUCUAUUCUCUGUAGGCUAUGGGUACACCAGGUGCUUUAUCUGGAGCUAAAAGUAGCAGCAGUCAGAAAGUCAUUGUUCAUCCCUAAUUGUUUUCUUUCGAUAGCAGUGGAAAGCACCUUGAGCAACCCUGGGCUUGCGACUUUCACCCCACACACACCGUGUAUUCACGCUGUCUCCCUUUAAAGCGUAUGAACAGUAAUAAAUUGUUCCCUUUACCAGGGCAUCUUUUAAAGGACCAGUAAUGCAAAAAAAAGAAAAAGUAAAGUACGAAACAACUGCAGAAGCUCUAAUACCAUUUAUAGAAAUAACCUUAUUUGUUACUAUGAACUUUACAAAGCAUAUGGCAAGUAAGCUGUUUUGAAUGCAGUGGUUUUAGUACUUCAGUGCUGGUUAGGUUAAUCUGGGAUAUAUAUAUAUAUAUAUAUAUAUAUAAUAUAUAGUUCUUUGCACGUGUACAUAAAGAUCUUAUGUACUCCGAACAGUACUCCUGUUGCCAACAAACAUGUUACUUACCAAACAGAAAUAAUUUCAUUAUCUAUAUAAAUUCACUUCUUGUUUUCAUUGGCCCUUUUUAAAUCUGGAUCUCAAACUGCCAGGGCUGCGCACCAAUGGUAUGUACCUUAAAGGGCAUGGUGAGGUCCACUGAAUUGUAUGGGAAGAGAGCAGCAGAAGUCUAGUAAAUGUGCAUGGAAAGUGGGCAAAGUACGAUAGUGAUGAAUGGAACAUCGACCAAGUAGGGGUGUAACAUAUAAGAAGGGUUAGACCAACUGUUUUUGGAUUCUGGUACCAUGGAUACAGGCCCAAGGGGGACCAUCAAAACAGCAUUUAUGUUGCCUUAGUGUGGAAUGAAAAUGGGUAAAUGCCCUGUUGCCUGUAUUGAAUAUUACUUUAGAUAGACUACAGUACACAUGGGGUAUAUAAAUUGGUAUGGUUAACAAAUAUUCUCAUGUAAUACCUAAAAAAAUAGCCUGCCACAGAACCCUCAGCAGCCUGUGCUUUCAUUAAGCUAACUACCCUACAGUAGACUAGACAAAACUCAUCUUCUAUUGGUUGCUGUUUGUUCCCAUAAUGGCACAAACCUGCUCUUUUGUUGGUGAAUUUUCCAUAUUGUCAAACUAUUUUACUAUCCCCAUCAGUCUUGACGCUUAAUAUAAGUUUGAUACCCCACUUACUAAAUGUUUAGGGUAAUGUACAUCUUACAGGGGUGUAUAGGCAGCCCUAGAGGCUUCUGGGAUAGUGACCUCAUUAACCUCUGUCUAAAAAGAACUUUGUUGUAUUGUUCCAGUUGGGUAGAAAAGUAUAAGAUAUCUUUUACAGAGAGGUUUCAUUCUUUAGCUUUGUCAUCUCUAUGAAUUACUGACAUCUUUUUAUUAUCCAGGUUGAGUGCUAAAACCAUUGUAUCCUACAGAGCUAAUGUGUUAUUUUUAUACGUAAAAGUGCCCCAUAGCCCUAUGAAUCACUGUCCCUGUGCUACAGAGCAGGUUAUAUAGUGAAUAAUGGGCCCCCUUUUGUAAAAUAUAAUAUAAUAAUGUACAGUAUAAGAUACUGAGGAAUUCCAUGACCAUAAAAAGUUUAUAGAGGCUGAAGGCUGAGUGCUUUUAUACAGGUCAUAGAACUACAAGGUGAUUUUUAAUCUCAUAUUUUACUACAAGGGGGUACAUUAUUUAUUAUAAUACACAAGUUUCGGUGAGGCACGUGACAUAAAGGACAAGUAAAUGGUAACAGUAAAUCCAUUUAAGUUUUUGGUGUUGCUGCUGUUUUAUGCAAUCAUUUUUAUAGAUGAAUUUUAAAAAAUUCUUUGCCCAGAACAGACUGUAUAUUCCCUUCAAAGCAUUACUGGCCCAGCAAUGAAAUCAGGGUCACUUUUGUCUUGAGAUAGCCCCCCACAGAAACUGCUCAGGAUUCCAUGUGACUUUGUCUUGUGUGUAUACAUUUACAAUACAAAGCUUGUAUUUCAUAUUUGCUAUAUAAAUAGUGGGCGGUUGUGCUGAGGGGACCCGGGUCAGCAUCAAAAUUUCAUAUUCAUGAUACCUCAGUACAUUUUCUACUUCUCAUAGAUGAUAUGGCUUUUCUAGUAAUCCAUCGCUGUACAUAGUCCGAAUUAAAUCUCUUGUAUGUAUAUAAUGAUUUUAUUUAACUGCACAUAUGACCUAAUAAUAAAUUUAGGAUGCUCAUAA